UUCGUGUAAGACGUGAGUGUUGACGUCAACGACGUCCAGGAAGUGAAAGGCAGUAGCGGGUAAACGUUUUCUCAACGUCAGUGGCUCUUUCUCUGUUUCUUCUUCUGUUUUUUCGGAGUUAAUUUGGAACCGGCGCUAAAAUCGAGAAUAACAACAAAGCCGCAGUGAAGUACGUCUUCUAUGAAGGUCCCUAAACAUGGCACUCAACAAGUCAAUGCAUCCUCGAAACCGUUACAAGGACAGACCACCUGACUUUGCUUACCUGGCCUCCAAGUAUCCUGACUUCCAGCAGCAUGUACAUACCAGCCUCACCGGACGACCUGUUGUGAAUUUCAAGGAGCCCGAGGCAGUACGAGCUCUGACCUGCACCCUGCUGAAGGAGGACUUUGGUUUGACCAUUGAGAUUCCUCUGGAGCGUCUGAUACCCACUGUCCCUCUGCGCCUCAACUAUAUCCACUGGGUAGAGGACCUCACAGACGGGCAGAAACAACCACGCAGGGGCAUCGACAUCGGCACUGGGGCGUCAUGUAUUUACCCCUUGCUGGGUGCAACAAUGAAUGGCUGGUACUUCCUGGCCACUGAGGUGGACGAUAUAUGUUUUGACUAUGCUACAAAAAAUGUGGAGCAGAACAACAUGUCUGACCUCAUCAAAGUUGUCAAAGUUCCUAAGAAGACUUUACUGAUGGAUGCACUGAAGGAGGAGACAGAGAUCACAUAUGACUUCUGCAUGUGCAACCCUCCAUUCUUUGCAAACCAGAUGGAAGCCAUGGGAGUAAACUCGAGGAACUCCCGGCGGCCUCCUCCCAGUUCAGUGAACACGGGCGGUGUGACGGAGAUCAUGGCGGAGGGUGGAGAGCUGGAGUUUGUUAAGAGAAUAAUUCACGACAGUGUGCAGCUCAAACAACGCCUGCGGUGGUACAGUUGCAUGCUGGGAAAAAAGUGCAGCCUGGCACCUUUGAAAGAGGAGCUAAGGAAACAAGGGGUUCCUAAAGUCACACACACAGAGUUCUGUCAAGGACGGACCAUGCGAUGGGCACUCGCCUGGAGUUUCUAUGACGAUGUGAUCGUCCCUUCUCCUCCCAGUAAAAAACGUAAACUGGAAAAAUCUCGGAAACCACUGUCCUUCACUCUGCCAGAGGCAGGUGUAAAGGAGCUGCAGGUCAAAGCCACAGCAGAUGGCACCAGCGACUGCAGCCCUGUGAGCAGUGUCACUGCACUGCUGGAGAAAACACUCACUGACAUUAAGGUACUGCACAAACGUCUCCCCAGCACAGCACACGAGCAGAGUGUCUUUGUGACAGCAGUUGAGAACACAUGGGUCCACGGGCGGCAGAAACGCCGCGACCAGAAGCGCCAGUUGCGAGAGCUUCCCAGAGCGCCUCACAGUGCUGGGGCCGUGAACCCCUCCUCCCAAAUUCAAACAGCAUCCAGUCCCCAAAUCAACACCAUCCAGGGUGAUGCGGACCAGAAUGACACCACACCUUCACAGGAGCCGGUUCAACAGCAGCCUGAAGAGAACCAGGCUGACAAAGGCUCCAACACAACUGUGACAAUAAAAGAUAUAACAGUUGCUGACCAAGAGAAAGAAGGACCUAAAGAUGCCAAAGGAGACGAUGUUGACAUGGAGGCUACAAACCCUACCGAAGCCCCCGCUGCAGCACCAAGACCACCGAGCCCCACUGCAGUCCAACACUUUCUCUUCAAGUGUCUGCUGAACGUCAUGCUGGAGGGAAGUGAUGUCAUGAUUGAAAUUCACUGGGUGGAAGGUCACAACAAAGACCUGAUGAACCAACUGUGUACCUUCCUGAAAAACACACUCCUGAAAUCUGUUGCUAGGCCAUGAAAAAAAUAAUCCCAAAGAAAGCUGUACAUUCAGGUAAGAAGUGACUGUUAAUAAAAUUUUACAAACAUGA